GUGAUCGGGAUGCAGCAGCACAGAGCUGGACUAGGUUGAGAACUGUAUGCGAAAACAACUUCGAGGUCACAAACAUCGAUUGCAACAGGGAAAUCUGCAACCAAUCCGAUGUUGGUUCUCAACACUGAAGUUGAACUGAUGACGAGGUGAAAAUGGCGGAUCUUUCGAAAUCCAAUCCCGGCCUGAAAUAGAAACGUAGCUAGCUGGUCACUUUCAUAGCACUCAAAUUGCUGUCACCAAUUGUUGAUUUUAACAGAGGGAGUUAGUGGAGAAAACGGGAAUACGCCGACAACACCGAUUCGUCGUGGGAAGUGGGAAAAUGUAAAGCGAUCCCGCCAGAACGGACUAAUUUAGCAAGCUAGCUGAUCGCUGGCUAGCUGGAUCUGCUAUUUUAUUUGGCGUAUUGUUGAGCGGCUGCGCUGAGAGCUACUUGUGAGGAUGGACGUGGUGUCGCCGGAGCUCAACAGCCUCCUCCCCGAUGAAAUCAUGGACACGGAGGCCAUCGUGAUCGAGGACCUCCCGUCCGAGCCCCCCCUGGCCUCGACCCAGGUGGAACCCGAGGAGGCCCCGGUGCCCAUGGAGACAGAGGUGCCGGAGAUUGUCAGCAUGGGCGCGGCGGCCCCCCCGACCCAGAGGACGCAGGCCCUGACCACAUCCACCAGCACGGACUCCGCCCUGUGCAGCAUCAGCUCGGGCACGCAGCUGCUGCUGACCUCCGCCGGCUCCGCGGCCCUCAAGCCGUCCACCUCCGCCGCCCCCAAAUCCAGCAGCCCCGGGGUCAGCGGGGGCCUGCAGAAGCUCACCGCCCCCUUCACCAUCGCGGCCAACCACCAGAUCAUCCUCAACAAGGUGGCCGCCUCCUCCGCCGUGGACGCCAAGCCCACCGGCGCCCAGGUGCUCAAGCAGGAGGGCCAGAAGCUGGUGGUCACCACCCUGGGGAAGACCGGCCAGCCCAUCGUGCUGACGCUGCCCCACGCCGGCACCAAGCCUAGCCCCGCCCAGAGCGGCGGGGAAGCAAAGACCCAGCCGCAGCAAUUCAAGGUGGUGACCAUCGGAGGCAGGACUGACCUGAAGCCCGUGGUGGGGGUCCAGCCUGUGAGCACAGCCAAUCAGCUCCUGGGGACGUCCCAGCAUUCCACCCUGCAAGCCCAGCAGCUGAAGACUGUGCAGAUUGCUAAGAAAACACAGGCCUCUUCGUCAGGACCAAUGAUAACUAAGUUCAUUAUCACAAAACCUCUGAACAGCAAAGGUGUAUCAGGUCAGACCUCUGUGUCGCCGGUGAUUACAGGAAGGGUCCUGUCCCAGAGCACCCCUGGGACACCCCCACGGACCCUCACCCUCUCCGAAACUCUGGGCAGCACCCCACAGAGCAUCUCCAGCAGCAAGAUCGCCAUCUCGCCCCUCAAGUCUCCCAGCAAGCUGACAGUGGUGUCGGUGGCCUCCCAGACUCCCAGCUCCCCCCAGAAGUCAGUGACUGUGCCGCUCAACGUGGCCCUGGGACAGCAGAUACUGGCGGUCCAGCAGUCCACCCCCACCUCCCCAGCCAAAGUGGUGUCCAAUCACUCCACCCCACAGACGAUGAAGCCAGUGCAGACGAUGGCGGUCGGGGGGGUGGGCACGCCCCAGUUCAAGACCAUCUUCCCGCUGGCCACGCCCCCCAACGUCCAGCAGAUCCAGGUCCCGGGCAGCAGGUUCCACUACGUGCGCCUGGUGACCGCCACCACCGGCAGCAGCUCCACGCAGACGGGCAGCCCCAGCACCAACUCAGCCAUCCAGCCAGCCAAGCCGAUGGUGGUGAACACGGCGGCAGUGAGGAUGUCUGUCCCCAUUGUCCCAGCACAGACCAUGAAGCAGGUGGUGCCCAAGCCGCUGACCUCAUCCCCCCAGGUUGUGACCACCAGCCAGACCCAGCAGCGUCUCAUCAUGCCAGCCACGCCCUUACCUCAAAUCCAGCCCAACCUCACCAACCUGCCCCCGGGCACUGUGCUCGCGCCCGCCCCGGGGGGAGGCAACAUGGGUUACGCUGUGCUGCCGGCACAGUACGUCACACAGCUCCAGCAGUCAACUUUUGUGACCUUGGCCAGCAGCACCAGUUUCUCAACACCCACUGGCGUGCAGACACAGGCCAGACUGCCUCUCAAUGGUUUAUCAACGUCGGAUUCUGCCUCAAGGCCAAGGAAACCAUGCAACUGCACAAAGUCACAGUGUUUAAAACUGUACUGUGACUGCUUUGCUAACGGGGAGUUCUGUAAUAACUGCAAUUGCACAAACUGCUUCAACAACCUUGAGCAUGAGACAGAGCGACUCAAAGCCAUCAAGGCAUGUCUGGACCGAAACCCAGAGGCCUUCAAGCCCAAGAUCGGCAAAGGGAAGGAGGGCGAGUCGGACCGCCGGCACAGCAAGGGCUGCAACUGCAAGCGGUCGGGCUGCCUGAAGAACUACUGCGAGUGUUACGAGGCAAAGAUCAUGUGCUCGUCGAUCUGUAAGUGCGUGGGGUGCAAGAACUUCGAGGAGAGCCCGGAGAGGAAGACGCUGAUGCACCUGGCCGACGCGGCGGAAGUACGCGUGCAGCAGCAGACCGCCGCCAAGACCAAGCUGUCUUCCCAGAUCUCCGACCUGCUGACCAGGACCGCGCCUGCCAUCACCAGCGGAGGGGGGAAGCUCCCGUACACAUUCGUCACCAAGGAGGUGGCGGAGGCCACGUGUGACUGUCUGAUCGAGCAGGCCAAGCAGGCGGAGCUGACCAGCCAGCCCCAGGCCGCGGCAGAGAGGAUGAUCCUGGAGGAGUUCAGCCGCUGCCUGAUGAGAAUCAUCAACUCCGCCAGCAAGGCCAAGACGGACUGCUCCAUCAACUGCUAGGCCCAGCCGUCGCGUUGACUCCAGAGCAGCGGCCAGCAACGGGAGAGGAACAGGAGAGGUCGCAACAGCCCUCCUCCCUCUCCCUCCCCACUGCUGCUCUCUAAACUGCUCAGCCUCAUCCUGAAGCCCUGACACCUGACUCUUAGAGCAGCGUCCAGGAGAGGAGGGGAAAAGGCUAAUCUGGACCUUCAGCUUCACUGACUGGCAGGCCUGAACCACGCCCCCUCCAGGCCAAGCGGCAGACCAGAUUGGCGGGUGACGAGGAGCCCCCGCCCCCCAAACUCACUGAACUUCUAUGCCCCUCCCCACGCCCAGAGCAGUGAGGAUUGUGGAAGGAAAGUCUCACAGAGGGGAAAGGUCCAUGGUGGAGAGGGAAUGAAGGAGGGAAAAGGUUUUAACCUCCUGCUCUCGGCGCACCCACAUGACUGGGAUUAGUGUGCUUUUGGGGAUUUCUUUUUAGAGUGACUGUACAUUUUUGAAGUAGACAUUUUUAUGGAUUUUCUUUUUUUUUUUUUCCUCUCCUCCUUCCUCUUCCUCUCACUGGAUUUGUUUUAUCGCUCCACAUCAUGCCAUUUCUCAUUCACUGGUUCCCUUUUCCACACUCUGCUCCACUCUCAUUGGCCUGGGAGCUGUGUUGCUUCAUAACUGGUGACCUCUGCACACAGAGGAAGCGGGCAAGGAAACCUUUCAGGUCUGCGUUCA